AUGUGCUGUGUUUCUCCACCCCACCUCCCCUCCUGGUCCACUACUCACUCUUGUCUCCGUGUGUGCUGUGCUCCUCCCCUCCUACCUUCUUCCCCUCCUCCCUUCUUCCCCUCCUCCCUUCUUCCCCUCCUCCCUUCUUCCCCUCCUCCCUUCUUCCUCUCCUCCCUUCGUCCCGUCGUCCCUCUCUUCCAACAGCACAAGCUCUGGCGGGCAGCGCGGGGGCAUGGGGAGUGGCGCCCACUGGGUGGAGUGGAGGGGGGGACUGCAGCCAAGUGCAAGGGCAACUUCCUCCCUACCUCUCUUCCUCCCUGCUUUCCUCUCUUCCCUUCCGCCGUCCUCUGUUUCAUAGCCUCCCCUCUCCCAUCUACCCGUCCCCCUACCUCCCAGCCUUUCCUCUUGCGCUCUCCUCCUGCUCUCCGUGCCCCAUCUCCCUCCAUCUCCCUCCAUCCCCCUCUCACACCAUCCCCCCCUCUCUUUCUCUGCCCUCUUUCUCUCGCUGUCUCAUCCUUUCCUCCCCCGCGCUCCUCUCUUCCUUCCUUCUCCAGCGAUCUGAGUCACAACAGCAUAUGGGGCACAACGCCGUCGUUUCUCAGCCUGCUGACGCAGCUCAGGCGCCUGUGA